CCCCUCCUCAUGCCACGUGACAUUUACGACCCAGCUGUCCCUGACUCCCCUGCUCACUCUGCCUCAUCGCACCAGCACCAGCAGCAGCAGCAGCAGCAGCAGCAGCAGAAGGAGCAGCAGCAGCAGCAGCAGCAGCAGCAACAGCAGCAGCAGCAGGUGCAGCAGCAGCAGCGGAUGGAGCAGCAGCAGCAGCAGCAGCAGCAGCAGCAGGAGGUGCAGCAGCGGAUGGAGCAGCACCAACAGCAGCAGCAGCAACCGCAGGCAGUGCAGCAACAGCAGCCGCAGUAGGAGAUGACGAGGAGCCUGCAUACUGCUUUUACGCACCAAUACAACCUCCGAGCAUGGAUCAUGCGCUAGCCGGGCCUCAACGGGGGAAAUGGCUCGUUUCAAGAGAUGCAGAGUACAACA